GCGAGUUUGAACGAAAACGCCUGAGCCAGCCGUACCCGAGGUCCGUGGCAAACGACUCGUCCUCGCAACAUUGAUAUAUUUUUUCGAUGACUUAUUUUCCCCUGCAAAAUGAUAGAAAGAAGAAAGUAAUUGAAAACCAGAUGCUAUUCAUUCUCAUUUUGUCGAAAACGCUCAAGCGCGACGAGCGCCACAGCAACUUACGUUUUGAUGUUUAUGGUUCAUGCUAUAGUUUUUAGAGGAUUUAGUACCACCAGCGUUGGUAGAACCCUCUUCAUAUUUCGCAUACAAUAAGUCUCUUCAUGCUCUGUUUAUUUUGGGAACACAGCAACGAAGGGAUAACGAUUUCGAGGUCUUGUUUAAGAAAAUGAUGUCACCUCUCUAUUGAAGAGAGAGAGCAAAAAAAUGACACGCCGCGAGAUGAUUUCUUUCCAGCAUGAGCUGGAGGGAACGAAAUAAUUUUGAUACGUUUUUUUUUGAUACAGUCCGGUUUUGAUUUUCUGUGGAGCCUUUUUCCGCUUUGGUGUCACAGCAUGCAUUUUUGGUUCCGCUGCUGCAUGAUCUUGUAACUAAUCUUGAUGAGUCAUCCAUAUCCGACAAUCCACCACAACAAGAGCUUUCUUGUCUUUUUCUGUAUUUCGUCGUGGGUCGAUGUGUCUCUGUGUCUUAAGUCUUGCGCGCGCAGGAAUCUUCUCGUCGUUUUUUUUCUUUCCGGUUGUAUGAGGGAAGCAUAUAUGGAGAGUUGAUCAGAGAGGCGAUGAAGAAGUGGAUCAAACUUCAAUGAGGACUGGGAGCGGCGGCAAAGCUAAAGGGCUGGAACUGUAGAAGUUCUUUCAGCCAUGAAGGAGCGCGGCUUAAUUUAUUUGCAUUCCUGAUGUAGUACCUGGCCGCUGCUGCGAAGUGACUUUACCUUCGCUUUGCGCCUCCGCCGGUGUGUGUUAAUCACUGCUGUCGUGUAAAAAUAUACUACAUGUAGUAGCUAUUUGCAGGAGGGGGCUACUCCUCCAUUUAGAAGUUAUACAAAUAGAAAUACACAACUGACGGAGCCCGUACAACUAGUACUAGAGCAUAUGACUAGCACGCUCCCUUCCUGGAACGACACGAUUUUUCGUUUGUGAAGAUGGCAUCAACUCCUUCUAGUGAAGAAGUUUCAGCCGUUUCAGUGGCGCCCGAGGCGGCGGGUGCAGGCGAAUUAUAUCCCAAAGAGAAUAACCGACCGCACGUGGAACCUGCAUCUUCUUCGUCCACUGUAAGAACAUCGCCGCAGCUACUUCGUCAAACUCAAACUCGUCUGCGCACACUGAAAGUUCACUCCGCCGCAGCUCUUGAAAAAAUCUGUAACUUUUACGAAAACCACAAGUACAAAAUUGCGUUUUUCCACCUCCAGAUCAGCCUCGUUUGUUACGGGCUGUCGUUGGAGGGGGGGACAUAUGAACUGCAAAAGUAUCGCACUCGUAUAAAAAUAAAUGCAUGACAAAUUCCGUCAGCAUGAGAAAUAAAGUUUGUAGUGCGGAUUUAGCUUGAGAAAAAAACUUGUAAUGCAUGAUUGCAAUACGAGUGCGUUAACGCUGUACCAACCGGCGCAGAGUAGAAUGUUGACCAAUUGUUGACGAUAUUGGGACGGACAGGGUUUUUCAAAAAGCAGCGCUCCUGUUCGAGAGCACGCGCGGGCAUUGCGGGAGCCAGAGCUCGUUUUGGCAUUGCAAAUUAGGCCCACCGUUGUGCCCCGCAGCGCACUCCCAUGGUUCCCCGCGAUAGAGUCUCGCCUUGGUGUGGCACCAAAACAAGCUACGCCUAUACACCGGCACAGGACUGGGGAGAGAUUGGAGUGGCCUGGUGUGGGUUUUGGAAUUAAGAUCGUCGAUUUGGAAUUGCGAUCAGCGAUUUGAAAUGGAGAUCGCCCAUUUGAAAUGCCGAUCAGGCAUUUGAAAUGGCGAUCAUCAAUUUGAAAUCGCGAUCACCAAUUUGAAAUCGCGAUCACCAAUUUGAAAUCGCGAUCAUCAAUUUGACAUCGCGAUCAUCAAUUUGAAAUCGCGAUCAGUGGGUCUGGCCCAAUUUGGGACGAAGAUCAUGGUCUCCGGCUCAAUUUGAAAUGGAGGUCAGAAAAAGGUCCGAAUUAGGUCAGAAUUAGGUCAGAAAUUCCGUCCCUAUGUUUACAUUCUGGAUUUCUGACCUAAUUCGGACCUGUUUAUGACCUCCAUUUGAAAUUGAAAAGCUUGGCGUCAAAAUCUGAAAGGUUGCGUCUUCACAGAAGCGUUUUUUUUCUCCUCGGGACAUUCUCCUUGCCCGUUCGGUCGGUCUCGAAUUUUUUUACUGGGUGGGCGCCUGGCACUGGCGAAAAUUUUCGCUCGGCGGCCCUUCGGGCCGCCAUCAACGUUCUUCCUCUUUACCUUUGCAUUCUACAUCUGCCAGCUUUCUGUGCUGCUAUCUGUUGGCCCUUGGAAGCCGGCAGUCGUCGGCCUUUCAUUCCCCUGGGUCGCCCUAAGUAGAUGUGAAAAGGAACGCCCCGGGCAAUGGUGUGGGGGAUGAUGGCCGUACUUUCGCAGCUUUUGUUUUAGGUUCUGCCCAAGCGGUAGAACACGUUAAAAACACGCGCGCUAGCCCUGCCGCCAAGUCCCGCCCCGCCCGGCCAUGGCUUGGCCAUAUGACCGGUUUGGGGCGCCCAGAAUCAGGAAAAGCUGGCCGUCCCAAAUCCGUCCCAAAUCUGUCACAAUUUAAAUCACAAACCGCAUGGUAUGACGUUAAGAGUGCGAUUAUACUUUUGCAGUGCAUAGGACAAGGGAGGAAAUCGAGCAGUCAACGGAACUGUUGCAGCAGCUCUACCUCCGGUUUUUGUUCGCGUUUUUUUUUGGAUUUUUUGCCUUUGCGGUCCUUUUCCACGGCGUUUUUUCUGCGCUGAUCUACGAGUGCGUGGUGCCGAAAAUAGCCGAGGUCUGUUUGCCGGAGAAGUGGAGAGGAAGGGUUGGAGGAGGUGAAGAUGGUCUGCUUGUUGUUCCGAGCAGGACGAGUUCAACAUGUUCUUGCAACACCUUGUGCGGAAACAGGAGAAAAAGUAGCAGAACAAAGUCGAGUUCAUCUGCAGAGGACGAGGAAAAAUCCCUCCAGAUGAAGCAGAGCCGCGUGGUUCUCAGCACCAUGGCCGCAGGAGGUUCUUCUACUUCGGGAGAAGGUCCUCUACACAGCUGCACGGCGAGAAGCUUGAACGCCAACAACCGACACAAGCAAGACCCAGACGAUGUUGUAGUAGAGGCGCAGCAGGUAAAGGUUCAGAUAGCGCUAGCAGGGACCACAGCAGACGAAGAGGACGAGAGGAAUAUUUUCGUCGAGUUGUGGUCAUCAAGCAGUCCAAGUACACAGGAACAAGACAUAAAGCCACGAGAGGACGAAGAGGAAUUUCACUCGGCGACCUCGAAUGAGGAUGAAAGCGCACAACUAGGACAACGACCGCGGAAGGUUAAUGGAGAAGGAAAUCCACUAGAAGAAGACCUAGACCUACAGAAGCUGCCAUUAUCUUCCGCAACUCCCAUCGACCGCAACAAGCAGCUGCACUCAGACGUACCACUGCCACGGGAGGUAGACACCGACCCGCUAGCAGAGGCACAGCGGCAGCAGAGGAGGCUUGAAAAUAAAAAAUCAUGUCCCCCGUCGUGGUACGCGCUCCAGAUCCAGCUGUUCCUCGAGAAAUUUUCUAUGAAGGUGAAAACCACAACAGACAGCCUAUCCCAAGCAGCCAUCGCCGCAGUACUGCUUUCUUUCGGGCUGCUUGAGUUCACCGUCAUGUUUCUGCUGCAAGACCACGGCUCGACCUACGAAAAUCACGGAAAGCUGAACUUCCUCGCCUUUACCCUACUACUCGCCGGGUGCCUGUUACUCGUUUUGCCGAUUUCGCUGCAACCGUAGGAAUAUGCAGUGCAAAAGCAUCGCACUCGUAUAAAUGCAUGACAAAAAAUUCCCGCCUCAGCGUCAGAAAUGAAAUUUGUAAUGCGGAUUUACCUUGAGCAAAAAAGUUGUAAUGCACGACUGCAAUACCAAUACGAGUACAGUACUUUAUUUGCACAGGAUAAGGAAACGGAAAGAAUCUUCAGAGGCGACCACGUAGGUCGUCGUGUACGGAGAGUAUGCCAGUGCACAACUCCCCCUCCCCCUCAUUUGAAUCGCAUGAGCAGCAACACAAGCCACGCCAGCAAUGUGGCUUCCGCAUGACAAAACUGC